CUGUCACGUUCGUUGACUGUACUGCAUGAGGGUCCAUCCAUCCAUCCAUCGAUGUCUCAAUCCCGUCCAUAUGUCCCAUAACGUUACGCACGCACGCAAGCAACCGACUUCCAUCGACGAUAUCUCUGUACCAAUCACUGUACACACGAAGGCUUAGAAAAAGCCCUGCCUCCCUGUGUCUUGUCUGUCUGUCUGUCUGUCUGGACAGGGAGGGAGCCCCUCCCAUCUCUCAUAUCUCUCUCUCUCACACACACACACACACAAGGGGGCAGGCAGGCAGGCAGGCAGGCACACAGAGCCCGCCACGUAGGUAUGCAUGUCUGUGCAUCACAUAAGUAUACUUAUCUCCAUCUCUCUCUCUCUCUCUCUCACACACACACACACACACACACACACAGAGGGCGCGCACACAGAGAGGGCGCCCACCCCACACAAGGCGCGUCACGACCAGCCAGCCAGCCAGCCAGCCAGGCAGUCAUGCGACCGAUAUCGAUAUCGUACACACACACACACACAUGGUAUGGCGACACGCAAAUGGAUAGAUAGGAUAGAUAGAUGGCACCAACACCGACACGAAGGAAGGAAGGACAUACGAAGCGAAGCACACUUUGGCGGGCAGUGAAAAACCUCCAGCCGGUGUCCUCUGGCGGGCGAUAUAUGCCACAAAGCAUUUAUUUCGCUGGCCAUUCACAAACACCAGCCAGCCGCCUAGCCAAGCCACGCCUCCACCCUCCUCCCCCAGUGAGCAGACCAGACAGAAGGAGGAAACCAAACCACCGUCCAUCCAUCCAUUUUACCCAUCGAAGCCGGCGUGUGAUACCAACAAACCGCCGGCAGCUUGGUGCCCUCCCUCUCCCCCACACACAUCACAGCGACUGCACACAACUGCCUCUCUGUCUGUCUGUCUGUCUUUCUGUCAUAUCCCCUGCCUCGGCCUCGGCCUCCCCCGCCCUUCCCCAGCGACACACGCUCAGCUAGCAGGCCAAUCGUUCCAGCACCCACCCCCUGCGCAUCACUCCACUGAGCUGCCAUCGUGCGUUGGCCCGUGUGAGCAGCAGCACCCGCUGCUUGACUCGCGAGAAGCCCUCCUGGUGCUCGGCCGGCGUCUCGAAGGUCAGGGUGAGCUCGUGCGGCCGGUGCACGCGAUCCACGGCCACGUGCAGCAGCUCGUAGCCAGGGGGGCGGGUGGUGCUCCGGCUGAAGGUCAUGACGCCACUCGCUGACACCCCCUCGCACAGCUGCUCCGCCGCGUUGCAAGCAGUGUACGCCUGCACAGACCACACACUCACAGGGGUCGUUGCACAGGCGCUCUGCCUCCCUCUCUCUUGGCUUGUUUACGAUUGCCUGAUUGUGCAGGUGUUGUCCUUUGGCGAGGCGCGACUUGAGGACCGACCCUGCGUCAUUGGUGAAGGCCUUGCACACCGACAGGAGGUCCCGCAGCGAGGCGGUGGAGGUGCAGGGGAGGGCGAGGUACACAUAGAGGGGCGACGAGGGCACGGGGGGUAAUGACGGGUGGUGCACCAGGCUGUCAGACAUACACGGCGCGCCUCUCUUCCAG